UCGACAUGUGACCUACCUGACACGGAAUUCGCACAGCCGUUAAGUGGACGUUUUGCGAUCGUUCGUGAUGGGACGUUUAUUUGGAGCGCAACAGCGGCUCCCGUCAGACGUGUGUACGGGUUAGCCACCAGGCUAGCGGCGGCUGUCGCGUCACUUACUGCGCCCACCCGACGUGACGAUCACCAUUAGUGGGGAGGCGCCCACCUGCGGUCGUGUUAACGCGUUGUUGUUAUUGUUGCAUGGUGUCGGUCCAGCUCCCAGUGUUUAUCCAGCGUCGGUUCGUGAUGAUAAAUCUGAUGAACUCUGUGGCCCUCGCAGUCGAAUCCUGCAGGACGGCCGUAAUCCCCUGCGUGUAAUCUUAAUUUGCAUCGAUAAAACGAGCAUGUCGUUCCGCAAAGCGGUUUGGUAACGUUGCCACCCCGCCCCCUGCGCCACCCUUUGGAAGAUGUUCUAGAAGACAACCCGUUCUUGAACCCGUUGUCCCAUCUGUUGCCUGGCAGCCACGGGCAGGCGACGACAACGUCGGUAGCCGCCGAACCAGGUUAUGAAAACGGACUACUGAAAGGACGAUGGGCGACCCCACCAGAAGUAACGGCUUUUUGGGGGAGGACCCGGACUCCUCUGCGUCCCCUUCGACGAUGUCCAUCGACAAGCUCUUCCCGGCUCUGUUGGAGUGUUUCGGUAUAAUAUUGUGCGGCUACAUUGCAGGGAGAACAAACGUCAUCACGUCCACUCAAGCCAAAGGACUGGGGAAUUUUGUGUCCAAAUUUGCCCUCCCAGCACUGCUGUUCAAAAACAUGGUGCUGCUGGACUUUGGCAAUGUCAUCUGGCCGUUUCUGUGGAGCAUUCUCAUUGCCAAAGUGUCUGUGUUUGUCACUGUCUGCAUCCUCACACUGAUGGUAUCCAGUCCCGACAGUCGCUUUAGUAAGGCUGGACUCUUCUCAAUAUUUGCAACUCAAAGCAAUGAUUUUGCACUGGGAUAUCCCAUCGUGGAGGCCCUGUACGGGAAUACGUACCCAGAGUACCUCCAGUACAUCUACUUGGUAGCACCCGUGUCACUUAUACUUCUGAAUCCCAUUGGCUUUGCCUUCUGCGAGAUCCAGAAGUGGAAAAACCAGAGAAGCCAGCAGCAGAGCAAACUUCAGAUCCUGGGCAUUGUAAUUUGGCAGGUGCUGAAGAACCCUAUUGUUUUCAUGGUUUUCAUUGGCAUCAUCGCCCACUUCCUUCUGGGCCAGAAAAUUCCCGCCUUCAUGAUUGAGUUUGUUGAUGGCCUGGCAAGCUCGUUUGGGGGAGCUGCUCUGUUCUACUUGGGUCUGUCCAUGGUUGGGCAACUGAGGAAAUUAACCCAGUCCAUGGUUGUGGCACUGAUUCUGCUUAGUACAGCAAAACUGUUGGUGAUGCCCCUAAUUUGUAAAGACAUGGUGGAGCUGUUGGACAACAGCAAUAGCAGUUCUCUUAACCACUCAAGUCUCUCCAACUACGCCUUUCUUUAUGGAGUCUUCCCCACGGCGCCGAGUGUGGCCAUCUAUGCUGCUCAUUAUAACAUGGAGCUAGAAGUUGUCACUUCUGGGAUGGUCAUCACUACUAUUCUGUCAGCUCCGAUCAUGUAUGUUUCUGCCUGGUUACUGACGAUCCCCUGCAUGGAUCCUGAACUUCUGAUGAAUUCGCUGCAGAACGUCAGUUUUAACAUAAGCAUUGUGAGCUUAGUCGCCCUGGUUUGGACGAUAGCCGUGAUGUUUCUUAGUAAGAAGUUUAAGAGGCUACCUCACUUGUUUACAGUCAAUCUUUUCUUGGCUCAGUUGCUAACUUGUAUUGGAAUGAUCCUCUGGAAUUUUGUGGUGAGGAAAGACAACUUGAUCGGCCAGAUUUUGGCUUUCACACUAUUAUACACCUCACUCUACAGUACUUACAUAUGGCCAGGAUUAAUAGCACUCUCUCUUGUGCUGAUGAAGAGGGAUGAUGAGCUGAAGGUCCCAACAGGCCUCCUGGUGAUGGUAGGCUGGGGCAUUCCAGCCUCUCUGACUGCAAUACUGUUGAUUUCUGGGGAAAAGACAUUUGACUUCAUUGACCCUGAAUUGUUUUAUGGCAGACCUCAGAUUAUCUGCAGCAUGGUUGUACUCGCCCUCAGCAUACUGCUCGGAGGGGGCUCUCUCAUAUGCCUCAGUAGAGGGAGCUGGGACCCGAGCGGCCAAGUCCUCGAAGGAGACUUGACGUCUGACACAACGGAGAUCUUGAGGUCUGAAGGGGAACCAGGGAGCCAGGCACACUGUGACCCCGCCAUCUCACCUGGAAGCAUCAACGGAGAGUGCCUCAUAUGUGACUGUGCUCCACCCCAGCCUAUGCCUGAUAUGAUUAUCAGCACCAACAUGAAUAACACACCAACCACGCACACAGAUCACUCUGGGAACGGAUGUGACUCGACGGACUGUCUGCUCGGCGAAGUGGAAGAGCUGCAGCGGGCUGCAGAUAGACAGCUGGCCCGACACGUGCUCCUGUGCUUGCUUUUGACUGUCAGCUUGCUUGCUAAUUUCUCCAGCUGCCUAUGGUUACUCUUUAAUGACGUUCCCGGCAGACUCUAUUUAGAGCUGCAGUUUUUCUGUGCUGUGGCCAACUACGGACAGGGCUUGCUCUCCUUUGGGCUGUUUGGGCUGGAUAAGCAUUUCAUUAUACUUCCUUUUAAGAAGAGGUUAUCGGGUCUGUGGUGCAGAAAGAGGCAAGAACAGCAGCCACAGACCGAGCUGUCCGAAGAUGUCCGGAUGACCUGCCUCCAGUUCACCAAGUAUCACAAGGCCCAGUGUUUUCAGGACAUUGUCCAAAAGAGAAGGUGUGGGGAGAACACUACAGUGCACACUUUCCUCGGCAGUGAGCUCGUGGAGUGGCUCCAGCGGGUGGGGUUGGCACAGGACCGCGGCGAGGCGGUUCUCUACGGUUGCCGGUUACAGCAGGGCGGCGUGCUCUACCACAUAAGGGAUGAACACGGCUUCCAAGACAGCAACCUUUAUUACUGCUUCACCACAUAACCUCCAAGGUGCAAAUUCCUUUGCAGUCAUCAUAUAACAUUUUUAUACCCGAGACAUGCUGCACAUUUAAAGAAUUACGACAGUUUGUCCCAAGGCUGAGUGCAGAUAAGACUCAUCAUUUUUGUCGAGAAAGCUACCGUAGCAACGUUAUGAUCAACGUUGACCCCUGCAGGACGACAGCAUGAACACAAACUGAUUUUAGCUAGGGAGGCAUUGCCAAGCUGCAGAAAUGACUGCUGCUUAUAAGUAGCUGCUUUUUAUAGAGGUUUUUGCAUUCACUGCUGUGCCGUUGAAACAAGCACUGAGCCCCUGCUGGUUUUAUUUUACGUGAUGUAUUUUUGCUAUUUGCUUUUAUGAUAGAACAGGUAAAUUAACAUUGUGAUUUUUUUUUUUUUAUUAUUGCCAGUGUUGACCAUAUUGCAGUAAUUUGGUGAUGUGACCGACAGAACUGAUCGGUCACCACUCAGGGAAUGUAAUCUUAUCUCAAUUCUCCUGCAGUUAAACCGUAACACAUCUAUUUUACAUAACUUAAAAAAGGGUCUUAUUACUUAUUGUCUUUAUUUCAUGUGGAAUCUACUGUGCUGAAUGUUGAAAGUACCAACUGGUCUCCUGUAAAUAAUCUGAUUGCUGUAAUGAAUCUCAGGUUACAUGGGGAUAAAAAAUAGGGAAUUAACUGCCUGAAUAAUUUUAUUUUUGUGCGUGGGUGUUAUCAGCGUUCCGUUACGAUUACCGAGGCGGUGUGAUUAGCGUUGGGAAUAUUUAUGGAACUGAAAUGUAUAAACACCCAGUUUAACGAGUGAAUGUUUAUCGUUUUGUCUUGCAAUAGAUACAGAAGGCGAAUGUCUAAAGCACACUUCAUGCUAAAGGGCUGCAUAACUGUGAACCUGUCGGAAAAAUAAAAUUCAUUGCUGGCC